AUGGCAGCAGCUACGCAGGAGGAGCAGCUGGUAAAGGCCGUGGAAAUUGCGUCCAAUGCGGCUGCGAUGCCAGAUGCUGAUCUUGUCGCUCAAGCGCUGGCAUACCUCGAGCAGCUGAAGCAGGCGACGCAAGAGAGCUGGAGUAUAGGGUGGGCCAUAUGGACGGCACGUACUGACGAUGGCUCUGCGCCCAAGUAUGAUCACGCGCCGCGUCUCUUUGGUCUGAAUCUAGUCGACGACUUUUUGGAUAAGCGCAUCCAGGGUGUGCCUGAGGCAGCCGAGGUGCUCACACUUCUGCAAGAAAGCGCCCUGGCCUAUCUCCAGAGCGAGUUCGUAAGUGGACAGGGCGAACAAGGCAUCCCUUUUAUGAAAAAUAAGCUUGCGCAAACACUUUCGCUUUUGAUUGUUCAAACGUACAGCUUAACGUCUUCCUACACAUUUCUCACCGCUAUGCUCUCGAUGUGCACAGCGCAUCCGAUGGCCGACGACAAAGGCAUGAAUGUAGUGUCCGCUGAUCUCGCGAUGCGUGUGCUACACGAUAUGUCGCUCAGCCUUGGUUCGGAUGUGACGCUGCGUUCCGUGCGUGGUAAAGAGCGUCUGCAGCGUGAUGCGAUCGUGCGCGACGAAAUCCGUGCGCACCAUGCUGCCAGUCUAGCCGAGCUACUUUGGCGCGUGAUUCAAGACUCGCUUCAUGCCCUGCAACAAGGUGCAGACGGAAGUGCUUCGCCGCGGCACCUAAACGCUGUGACUGCAGGCCCGCUGGCCUCGUUGGCCAUGGCCGUCGUGGGUGAUUACGCCUCUUGGAUCGAUAUCGGGCUGGUCGUCACGAUGGAAACGGUGCAGAUUCUCUACAGUGCGCUUGAUGCGCCCCAUAUGCCCCUGCGGUACGCCACGGCUGACACUUUGUGUGAAAUUGUGUCAAAGGGUAUGAAACCAGUCGACAAGCUGAGUCUGAUUGAGGGCUUAAGUUUGGAUGCUGUGCUGACGCAGCUCGAAUCGACAACACGGGGUCAAGGUGAAGCACAGACUGAACUUCGCGAGCAUCUCGCACGACUUGUAAAUGCGCUAUGCACAGAGCUGUGCAAGAUUGCUGAGGAUGUCGCUGGUGCCGAAGCCGAAACACGAGAGGCGGCGCAUUCGAAGCUGUUGACAUUCCUGCAACUGGUGCUGGCCUUCCUGGCAGAUGAGUACGAUGAGCCGGUGGAGCAAGUACUGCCCUGUCUUCACCUGGUGCUGAGCCUUUACAAAAAAACCAAGCGCCAGAACGAGACGCUGGGUCUGCCUGCCCUCGGAGCGCCUUCAUCUGAAUUUGUAUCUCAGCUCAUUACCCUUUCAGUGCAAAAGCUCAAGUUUGAUGCGGAUAUUGACUGGCAAGACUCGUCACUUGUGGGCGGCGCUGCCGAUGGUGACGCUGAAGAGUCUGAAGACGAUGACGAACAGCUGGUGCGAUUCUAUGAGCUGCGAAAGCAGUUGCAGGUGAUCCUUGGUGCGAUUGCUGCAAUAGACGAGUCUCUUGUAUCGAGCACGAUUCACGCGCUGGUCGUCAACACACUCGCAGCUGUUGGCUCACCGAUCGACUUGCCGUGGGAGCAGGCUGAAGUGUGUUUGUAUGCGGCCUUCUCGUGUGGCGAAGUUCUUUCCUCUGUGCGCGGCAACAAGAUCGGACUGGGUGCACAUUCGUACGUCCAGAUUCCCGUCGAGCCUGGCAAGUCUCGUAACGUACGCCAGGCGCUGAGCGUAUACCAGGCACUUCCGCCGAAUACGCUGGGGGAAAUUUUGCAGCACUUGUUCCGAUCGCAGAUCGGUGAGCAUCCUCACCCUGUUGUGCAGUUGCAGUACUUUGAGUGUGUGGUGCGGUAUGCCACGAGUUUUGUUUUGUGGCCCGACUUGCUCCCGAAAGCGCUCGAGGCAUUUUUGGGACCCCGUGGAUUGUGCAAUCCGCACCAUGGCAUGCGACGACGAAUUAAUUACCUGUUUUACCGGUUCGUACGUGACACGCGCACGGCUAUCCCAUCGGAGAUCGUGCCACGUCUAUUGGAGAGCAUGCCAUUAGCCGUCACUGCUACGUUGCCAGAGGUGCCAGCUGACGAGGACCCACUGGCCAGGGCCACGGAAAAAGCGUCAGCAUUUGACAGCCAGUUGUACCUCUUUGACACGAGUGGUCUGCUUAUCGCGCAGUUGGGCCACAUGCCUGAUACACAGGUCAUGCUGUUCAAACUGAUUACGCAGCCGCUCGCGGAGCAGUUGCAACAGAGUGUCCAGGCCGCUGACCCGAGCAACUUGCAGCUGGUGCUGCAAGUGCAUCACUUGAUCUUGGCUCUCAGCACCAUCACCAAAGGCUUCCCUGACUACGAUGCGAAUCGUGCGCACGAGCCGGCAUGGAUUGAAGAACUUAAGCCACUCACAGAGCAGAUUCUGAUGGCCCUGACGGCACUGAACCGCUUCAUGAUUGUACGCGAGGCUGCACGUGGCGCGUUCGCACGCAUCGUCGCAUCUGCGGGGCCAGCUGUGUUGCCUUACAUACCCACUUUGAUCCAUGCGCUUGUCCAUCAUGUCACUGAAGCCGAGCUUGUGGAUUUGCUCAAUUUCUUUGGGCUUAUCACGAACAAAUACAAGGACAAUGUCCGCAGCGUGAUGGACAAUGUAUUUGGCGUACUUGUCUCGCGCAUCUUUUCCUUCCUGCACCAGGGUGUGCAAGGUACAGACGAUCUCGUGCGCCGCUCAGACACAGAGCGUGCGUACUUCGGCCUGGUGCAUGCCCUCCUGCAGGCCGGUAUGGACGACGUGCUGGUAUCGGAAAAGAACCAAGCACAGCUGGAGGCCGUCCUCCAAAGCCACGUGUAUUAUGUCACGCAUGGCGAGCCUGUGACGCAGCGUGCGGCCAUCAGCGUCUUGUCGCAGCUUGUGCAGCUGUGGGCGCGUCCGAACGAAAAGGCGAUUAUGGGCUUUGAGCAGUUCGUGUACGAUGCGAUCUUGCCCCUUGUGUUCCAGGUCCCUGCGAAGCCUUCGUUUGAUUCGUCGGAUGCACAGUCCCAGCUCGUGCUCUCGGAGCUUGCCGGCCUGCUUAAGUCGCUCUAUACCGCACGCGGUGACGAGUUUCUCCAGUACUUGUCGACCGUAUACCUGCCCAGCGUCCAGUGCCCACCAGAGCUUGCACUUGAGCUCACCAAAAGCGUCCAGUCGCUCGAGGUCAAGCCUCUGAAGCGAUUCCUUGACACAUUCAUCGCCCAGUCUCGUGGCGCUUAA